GUAGCGACUCCCCGCAAAAGCAAAGAGAAAUAAAACCGAAAAGUUGCGCAGUAUCGAAUGCUUCUUCGUCGUCACCUUCCUCUUGAGCUCUCUGCAACUUUGAUCCAAAUUCGGCUUGUGACCAUCAGUCUGGAAGUUCAUCGGGUCUGCAGAAUUCGUUUUAUGAAUAGUAAGCACCACACAUAAUCAAUAUCAACCGACACAGUUUUACUACACAAGUAUCUGGCUCUGGGCAUAUCUGGAAUAUGUCAAGUGUUAGACGUGUCUCACGUCAAGAUAUACAACUGGUGCAAAACCUUAUUGAGCGAUGCCUCCAGCUUUACAUGAAUCAGAAAGAAGUGGUGGAUACCCUACUGGAUCAAGCGAAAAUAGAGCCUGGUUUCACAGAACUUGUUUGGCAGAAGCUUGAGGAAGAAAAUCGAGAAUUUUUCAGGGCAUAUUACCUGAGACUGAUGGUAAAGCAACAGAUAAUAGAAUACAACAGAUUGCUGGAACAACAGGCGCGGUUGAUGCACCAGUUACACUCAACUGGAGUUUCUCCAAUUCCCACCUCCAAUGGAUCUCACAUCCCAUCGAUGCAUCAAAACUCAACAUGCUAUCCCCCAGACAGUAUAGGACCAGUAUUGAAGACAGAAAACUUACACCAUCAAGUUGGUUCCUGCUUACCCAGUCCAUUUACUAAUGGCGGCUCUUCAUUGCACAAUAAUUUGGAGAAUGUUGUUAAAAUGCCUGCUCAUGCCCACAGGAUUGAUGUCUCAGCAAACAUGCUUUCAACCCAGAGCUCCAACAUGGGGGGGCUGAUGCAAGGAAUAAAUGGGGGAAUUAUAAAAUCGGAAGUUGGAUAUUCAGGUUCUUACAUGUAUGGUCCUGAUGGCGGCAACCUGGAAACACGACCCAGUAUGGGAGAUGCUUCUGUUGCACCUUUCAAUAGUGUAGAGCCCAAUUCACAACCCCUAAAUGAAUCACUUCUGGAUCAAGACACUUCGUCGUUUGGUUUCUUAACUCAAAUUCCUCGAAAUUUCAGCCUCUCAGAUUUGACAGCAGACUUUUCUCAGAGCUCAGUGAAUACUACAGAUAUACUGGAGAGCUAUCCUAGAUCACCAUUCUUAGCUACAGAUAAUGAAAACUUCCUGGAACAUCAUGAAAGAGAAAGUCAAGGAGAUAAUAACAGGCUAGACACCAUUUCAGAAGGCGUUAGUUAUGAAGAUUUUGGCAGUGAAUAGUCAUGUAAUUUCAAGGUCAACUUUCAUGCUAGGACAGGACGAACAUAUACAUAGCAUUCAAGUUUUUAGAUAUUUCGGAAGUUGGUUCUCUUGCAAGAUUGUGGUUGGUGUAGAACUCACUGAUGUAGUGAGAAUUUGACAGUAGAAUGCUUUUUCCCAAGUGAAAACUGGACCGCAAGGUUUCCCCCUUGAUGGGAACGUGUUUGUGACUUUGCCAAUGGAUGAUCGGUUCGUUGUGGUAAAUUUAUCGUGGAAACAAAUAUAAUUUGUGGACUUAUCUGACAAGAGAGUGAGUUGUGAUGGUUAAUAAAGAUUAUUAUGUGUUUUGGCUUCAGCUAAUAAAGAGUUUUAAUUGAAUGUG